UCUAUACCCUAUGUUAUUUAAUAUACCUUUGCAAAUGGAAUUUAAUAGAUUUAAAUUGAUGAAAUAUACCAGUAUAUACAGAUAUACCUUAAAUAUUCAGAAGAGUAUAUUAUACUCGAUACACUUUCGUGUGACCGAAUGCAGUAGAGUUGAGAUGGGCACACUUUUGUCUUGAAAUCCCGCGGCCAUCAUUGCGAAACGUCCAUUUUGUCGAAGGCGAAAACUUUUUGUGCCUCAUAGAAAAAGAAAAUAUUCUGCAAAAUGCCGGGUGUUACUGUUAAAGAUGUGGACCAGCACGUUCUAACCAAAGUGCUGUCCGCUUUCCUAAAAUAAUCUGGAAAGAUUACUGGGCCUGAAAAAGCUGAUUAUAUUAAGACGGGCAAGUUUAAUGAAACAGCACCGACUGAACAGGACUGGUUCUAUACUCGCUGUGCCUCUAUAAUGCGGCACCUGUACUUUCGUAGUCCGGCUGGAGUGGCCGCCUUCACCAAGGUGUACAGUGGACGCAAGCGCAAUGGAGUGCAACCAUUAAAGUAUUGCCGCUCAUCGGAUGGCUGCAUCCGUAUGGCUUUUCACGCCCUCGAAGCGGCACGCAUGAUCCAGAAGCAUCCCGAGGGGGGUCGCAAGCUUACUCCUGCUGGACAGCGUGACAUGGACCGCUUGGCCAACCAGAUUGUGGUCAAGCAACGUAAAGUCGAGACCAAGCCAGUUAUCUGUAUUGGCGACGAUUUUCUAGGAUGUGCAGAUAUAUAAAAUGAUUAGCUACUUUAUUUUCUA